AUUACGUACAGCGGGACGUCUCGGAGAAGAUAAACAAAAAGGAAGGAAGCCUUCGGCCAUACGUUCGCGGCAAAAUCGGUUCGAAAAUUUAGCUUGCAAGCUACAGUUAACAACUACAUGUGCCCUUAUAUUGCUUAGAUAGUUACCAUUUGGUGUUAACAAUCAUGGACGAGGGAAUAAUAUUUCGUAUGAGUGCAUAUUCCGUGCAAGGUGGGAGGAAAUACAUGGAGGAUGUUGUCGAUAUAAGAAUCGAGUACGAGCCGACGCAGUCGCCGUCGCCAGGCGAAGAUGAUCCAAAGUCGCAGGGACAUGGAGGACAGGGGAAAACGGAGAGUGAACCUACAAAACAGACUGAAAAUGAGACACAUGAUCAGAACGUUGCUGCCGAAUCUGCCCCAGUUUCUGCAAUGUGGGUAGAGAGUCUAUCAGAAGAGGACAGUGGCAACAACAGCGCACCGGUAUCUGAGGAAAAAGUCGCAGGGCAAGCAGUCGACGCUCGGAGGUCUGUGGCGUUUUUCGCUGUCUUUGAUGGCCACGGGGGUCGAGAAGCAGCACAUUUCGCAAGAGAGAAUCUGUGGGAGUUAUUGAAAAGACAGCGGGGCUUUUGGUCGAAGGAUCACAGUGAAGUGUGUGCUGCUCUAAAGAAAGGGUUCAUCGCCUGUCACCAUGCAAUGUGGAAAGAGCUACCGGAAUGGCCAAAGACUAUUACUGGCCUGCCCAGUACAUCAGGCACCACAGCCAGCGUGAUUGUGAUCCGUGGAGUUCACAUGUACGUUGCCCAUGUAGGGGAUUCGGCAGUAGUGGUUGGCGUGCAAGAAAAUGACUCUGAUAUCAGGCUCCAGGCACUUGAAAUAACACAAGACCAUAAACCUGAACUUCCUAAAGAAAAACAAAGGAUUGAACGACUGGGUGGCAGUGUAAUGAAGAAAUCUGGGGUGAACCGUGUUGUGUGGAAGAGACCCAGGCUGACCCAUAACGGCCCUGUGAGGAGGAGUACAGUCAUUGACCAGAUCCCCUUCCUUGCUGUGGCCCGGUCCCUCGGUGAUCUAUGGAGCUACGAUUUCUACAGCGGGGAGUUUGUGGUUUCUCCAGAGCCCGACACCACCGUGAUGACGCUUGACCCCAAACGGCAUCGCUACAUCAUCCUCGGCAGUGACGGACUGUGGAAUAUGAUGCCACCCAAUAAUGCGGUCAAUAUGUGUUCUAGCCACGACAAAAUGGUGGGACCAAAGGGAAUGUCUUGCGCCUGCCGGCUGGGAUGCACAGCCCUACUGUUUUGGAAACAACGCAUGCUCCGUGCAGACAACACAACGGUUAUUGUCCUGGCCCUACAGGUGCGCGGGGACCCACCCAUCCCUAUGCAUCAAGAUGAGGUCAUUGUUGACAUGUCUACAGGAAUGGACCAUGUUCCAUUCCCAGGAACUACUUAUAACACAUGUCAGGUCCCACAGGAGGAGCCUGAUGAUGACAUGUUUUUUGAAGAAGAUGGGAUAUAUGGAGAAGAACCUGAGGGAUGGCCAUGCCUGGAGUGGUAGUGAGCGGAUUGAUGCAGCAAAUGCUUCCACAGCUGCGGAGAAGGCAUUUGGGCUGUAUGAAGCAGCUUUUUGUGCCACGGCACAGCUCUUACCUGAUGUUGACUCUGUGAGGGCCACACUGCCCCCCUCAGAGGGUUCCGUGAAUGUUUUCGAAAAGCAUGACUCUACAACCCAAAUGGACUGUGCAACUCCUUCGUUAAAAAGGUCUCGCCGUUCUCCGCACAUCCCCCCUGAACUUAGAGGUCCUCCCCGUCUGCUUGGCCGGUCUUCCAACAAAAGUUUCCCCCAGAAGACGCCUCACAGCAAUGUACAAAUCGAAGAAUCCCGUCAAACUCGCGCUCCAAAAAGAGAAGCUCCCCUGAGCACAGCACCACAACGCUGCCUUGUGCGUGUGCUGAAUCUUGUUUCAUAGAAACGGUGUUUUUGCCCUGAGGAUAGAAGGAUAAUCUGCAUCGUGUCAACUUUGCUCAUGUAUCAGGUGUGCCACAGGCCUAGUCCUAGAUGUAUACUUUUUAUACAAAGUCUUUUGGUUUUUGUAAAUAUGAAAAUUGAGAUUGUAAAUGUGUUGCUGUUUUAACCUUUUCUUCUUGCUCUCCUGUCCCCUCUUUAAAUUUGAGUGUUCGCGGAAAAUUUAGAUCCAUUCAAUCUACACAAUCUAUUUUCAUACUUAUAAGUAUGUUUAGUAUAUCCAAAAGACAUAUUUUAAAGAAGAUGGAUCACUACAAUAUAUGACAACAUCAGCUCACCAAAAUUGUGACACAAGCGAUCUUCCAGUUCAGAUUUGUAUUUGUUUUUACUUGUUGGAUGCUAUAACAUGCCAGUCUUUCCUUCAUUGGGGUCAAUACCUCAGACCAAGUGUUUGGAAUCUUUCCUCUUAGAUCAAAUGUGCUACUAUGCCACCGUUAGGGGUUUCUUUUAUUGUUUAAUCAGGUGCAAUCAAAGUACCUGGUAGUGGUAAUACUGUAGCAUGCAAAAUAAUGGAAAAUUGUGCAAGCAAUGGUCUAAGGUAAUUAUGUAGGUACUGAUUUUUUUAAGCCUAUAUUAUUAGUUUUGUGUCUUUACCAGUGGCUAAUUAUGUACUGUCAUGAUCACAAUUGCUACUCAGCUAAUUGUUGUAUCUUAUGCAUAGUGUGUGAGGAGGUGUUAAAGGGUCAGUUCACCCAAAGCAGGGAAAAAAAAAAAAAAAAAAAAAACAUAAAAUAUAUUUCUCACUUUUCCUAGUGGUAUCUACCGAUGUACAUGUGUGGUUUUAGUGAAUUGACCCUUUUGCCCAUUUCUUUGCUGGAGGGUUGAUCCAUUCCAAGCAUUGUCAUUGAUGAUGUGGCCAAUGGUUAUUUGUAUUGUAUCGGGUGCUGAUGUAAAAGCCAAGAUCAAUACCUGUGCCUCUCUGGAAGGUGGUUAGGAGUGCUUUGCCCUUGACUUUUGUUUGGGUAACAUCCAGUUCAUUUUAAGUAUCCGCUAUAAGGCACUAACACCAUUUCAGUAGGCCUUCCCAUUUGUUUUCAUAUAUGGUAUCCUUGUGUGUGGUUUUCUCCCAUAACUUGUGUUUUAAUCGGCACAUAAUACACCAUAUGGUACGAAUGCAGGAAGGUCCCGUUUCAUAAAUUUAAAGUUCUAACUUGUGUUAACAUGUCAGCUGACUUACUGUUUAAGCUGAUUUGUUUGCCUUCCUUCUCCAUAAAAGUGUCAUGGUUGCCUUAGCACAAAUGAGUCAGAGGUGCUUUUCACAGGUUUUCAUAUUUAGGACUCAAACGGGUGAGAAUCUCUAGAAUAUGUCAAUGUGAGUAUGGCUGUGUAUCAUGCACUUUUCACUUCCACACCACUGUCAUAUUACCAUCUACAUUAUAGCAUCCUAAACCUGGUUAAUGUUUUUCAGUUAUAUUACAGGGCAGUUUUUUGGUUUUGUACAGUACAUCAAUAUGCAAUAGAAGUUUGUACAGUACAUUAUUAUGCAAAUUUAUUGUUUAUUUCAGGAGUCUGGCAUGCUCAGAUCUACUGUGUAUGUUGUGAAGUGUCCAGAGGUAAUAGAUGUUAAUGGGCAUGUGGUUUGUUUUUGACAAUACUUGGGUCUGGCUUCGUAUUUACUGCAACCAGUUUUCAGGACUAACUGUGUAAGCUACAUGUGUUGAAAGUGACUGGAUAUACAAUGUCUGUGUUGUAAUAAAGUUCUCAUUUUCCAAUCGGU